UAUUGCCAUCACCAGCCAUGGAGUUGGAGUCCGAUCGAAUCAAGUGAUUUUAAAAAUUAGUUUAAAAAAACUUGUCGGAUCGAGCGGUCGCAACCGGGUUCCGCGGCGCGUACUUUCAAAACCCCUCCGAAAGUUACGGACUUCAGCGCUUUUUUCUAGACUCCUUCCUUCCCGCAAAUCAACCCUUCCCCUUCCAAUCGGCCAAGCAACGGCACCUGCAUCGCAACCCCCCGUAAACCUAACCAUAAAGCCAGACGGUUGUGCAAUCGAAGGUGUCUCCGGCUAUAUAAUCCACCUGUAUAAUGAUCCGAAACCGAAUCGGAAUGGAAAUGGCAGCACUGCCAGCUUUAAUAAUCGCCAUCGCCACCUGCCUGCUGAUGACCCCCGUCCACGGAACGCCACUGGAGUGGGACUUUGCCGUCACGCUGAGGACUCGGAUUCAGUUCAUGGACAGCAAUUGGCAGACGAUAGCCACCGCCGCCCAUCAGUUCGACGAGCUGUCCGCUCUGACCUUCGACGAGUCCGAGGAGCUGAUCUACUUUAACGACCUGAAGCACCAGAAUGGCAGCAUAUUCUCCCUGAAAAGGGAUCUCCUGGCCGCCUCCCAUGUGGUGGAGCAGACAAUUGCUCGCACAGCCAAUGAAACUGUGGGAGGAUUGGCCUACGAUCCACUGAACAUGAACCUCUUCUGGUCGGAUAAGGAGCACAAGAAGAUCUUCUUUGCCCCCAUUCAUGGUUCAGUGGCUCCCAAGGUCCUCGUAGAUCUGAGUGCCGAGGGAGGAUUACCCGAUGGCGUGGCCGUGGAUGUUUGCCGCCGGAAGCUCUACUGGACCAACUCGAACCACUCGCAUCCCUCAGUGGAACGCAUAAACCUCGAUGGCAGCAACCGGACCAUGAUUGUCAACUCCUCCAUUCACAUGCCCAAGGGCAUAGUGGUGGAUCAACUUUCGGAUCGUCUCUUCUGGAUCGACGACCUCGAUGGCAUCUACUUUUCGGUGGAGAGCACUAAGCUAGAUGGUUCCAAUCGUCAGUUGGUGUUGAAGGAUAAGAACCAGGAACCUCUGAAUCUAGCGGUAACCAACGAUGCCAUCUACUGGACCGACAAGACGACCAAGGCGGUUUGGCGGCAUCCCAAGGUGCCGGUGAUUAAGGUUACGACCACCACAAAGCCAGCUGAGGAGGAUGAGGAUACCACGGAUCAAACCAACUACGAUCCCGAGCCUGUUAUGGAAAUCAGUCCCCUCGUUCGCGUUGCUAAUCUCAGCGAGGAGGCGCGAGGCAUAGUGGUGCGCACUGGAUUCUACCAGCGGCUGCAGAAGGAUCACCACUGCGCCAGCAUUGUGCGCAAGGUGAAGGAGCGCCUGGACGAGCAGAGCAGCAAGAUGGAAAUACGCUCGCUGCUGGACCAAAAGAUGAAGAUUCUCGAAGACGAACGCUGCAUGAACGGCGGCGAAUACAAGCCGCUGACCGAUCUAUGCAUCUGUCCCACCGGCUUCAAGGGAUCGCGCUGCGAGAUCCGCGAGUGCCACAACUACUGCCUGCAUGGAACCUGCCAGAUGAGCGAGUUGGCCUACCCCAAGUGCUAUUGCCAGCCGGGAUUCACGGGCGACCACUGUGAGGUGAACCUGUGCUUGGGAUUGUGCUUGAACGGCGGUCACUGCAGGGUUUCCAAGGAUGAGAAAGAGCCGCCCAGCUGUGAGUGUCCCGCGCGGUUUGGCGGAGCUCGUUGCGAACAGAACUCCACCGAGAUCUGCUCGCUUUUCUGUCGACUGUUGAAACACGAACCGGAUACCUAUGUGCCCUUUGGCUGCCACAAUAUCUGCGAGGAACUGGCUCAGGCGAACAGCACCAACAUUGCCGUUCCGCAGUACACGCAUUUGGAGGUGUGCAUCACGCCCAAAGUCUGGACCAGCAGUGUGAUCAUCAUCCUGGUCGUGGGCAUCGUUUCCAGCCUGCUGCUCGUGGCCGUAAUUAUACACGGCAUCCGUCGCCUGUACAAACCCAAGCGGCCGAGGAUCAGGAAGACCUUUGUGGUGCGCAAGCAGGCCAGGACGAACUCGGCAGGAGACACGCCGCUGACCAACAGGCCACUGGCCACCGAGCAGUGCGAGAUUACGAUAGAGAACUGUUGUAAUAUGAACAUUUGCGAAACGCCCUGUUUCGAUCCCAAGCUGGUGGAGCAGACGCUGGCCAAGUCCAGCUGCAAGGAGGACAAGAAGAUACUCAUCCACAACAUGGAGGAUGAUCUGUACUAGGGUCUCUGUACCCCGAAAAACCAACUGAAACCUUGUGAUAGUCGUCGUCGUCGAGUGCGGAUUGGUAUUCGAGCUUGAAAAGCUGCUGCCCGCCCGGCCCUCGACCCCGUUAGCCGCCAAGGUGCUCACCCAGGCAACAAGCAACUAGAAAAACUAGAGAAACCAACCACCAACAUGCAACAAGCACUUAAACAACUUAAAGCUACCGAUGAGCCUGGAACACUUAACACUCGCCAAACAAGAAACCAACCAACAAACCAUUUACUUAAGCCGAAGCCACUUACAUUUCUGUGUACUUAGCGAUCCUGGGAGGCGUGCUUCGGUCUCGUUAAUUUAUUCGUAGGAUCAUUUUAUCAUCCCAGGAUUUAGGAUUUUUAGCUCAAAGCCUCAUCUAAAAUUUUACACUUAUUUUUGAAGUUUUCUUUCAAUUUUUAUUUGGUUUUUAUUUUGAAUUCGUCAUGUUGAUAUGAAAGCAAGUCGCGCGACUGACAUUAGCUUUAAAAAAAGAUUUACAAAAAGAAAACGGAAUACGCACGGAUACCAAGAGCCUGUAGAUCGUAAUAGACCAUUGUGAUUGUGAUUACUUACAUCUAAGCUGUUGUAAUUAACCCUUUCAAGUGAGUCAUUGUUCAAGUUCCUGCACCCCCUUGUUGUGAAAUCAAAGAAAAACAAUAGGUAAUCCCCCUAUCCCACUAAUACGCUAAAUCUUGCCUUUUCGGGUGAUCCCUUCCCGCUCUCCUCAUCCCCAUCGUGCACUACUUAAGAAACGUCAGAGAAAAAUACCCAAAAACAGUGGGGAAAACUCUUCAGAAAGACCGAGAGUUGUAAAUAUUAAUGCAUAGUUUAAUUUUAGUCGUAGUCCUUAAGAAAAGGGUUGAAUAAAGAAAAACUACAUGCAGUUGUAAAUG